GGGGUUCCCAUAGAAACGCUUUUCUGCGGUCCAGCCUAGGGGGUCUGAGGUUGGCUGCCAUGGGCGCCUGCGGCGGGUGGCCUUGGCUUUUGCUGCCGCCGUCCACGACCUGUCAUUGGGGUCCUGCGUAAGGUCCGGUCGGCCGGGACUUGGCUGCGGGUUGGGAUGGACUGGCUGCCCGACCGAGUCCCCUGCAGUUGGCAGGAGUAUGGGGCGGAGUGAUGCACACCCGGGAGCCCAGCCUCGUUCUAAUUGCCCGAGACGUUGCUUCGGACUGCGCGCUGCCGGGGGCUGUGUUCCCGAGCCGGGAGCCGGAUUCCCGGGGUUGGAACGACGCUACGCGGCCAGCGGGAGGUCCCCAAGGACGGAGCCGAAAGGUCAUUUCUUAUCUGCCAGCGUUGUGUGACAGCAUCGCGACGGGACCUGCAGAGCCUGAACUCGAUUCGUAAUGCCUCCUGCCUGCCCCUUUCAAGAUGGAGGGGAAAACUGUGGGAGAGUCUACUCAAGUGGCGUCUAAAUUCAAACUUUCCACCAAGGUAGAAAGCACAGGACACUGGCUGGUGGAGGAUCAUACUCGAAUAUGGGAAGUUUUAAAGACAGAGGAGAGCUCGAUUCAGGACUGGGGUGAAGAGGUAGAGGAAGGAGCUGUUUACCAUGUCACCCUCAAAAGAGUCCAGAUCCAGCAGGCUGCCAAUAAAGGAGCGAGAUGGCUAGGGGUUGAAGGGGACCAGCUGCCUCCAGGACAUACAGUCAGUCAGUAUGAGACGUGUAAGAUCAGGACCAUAAAAGCUGGAACCUUGGAGAAGCUUGUGGAGAAUCUGCUGACAGCUUUUGGGGACAAUGACUUUACCUAUAUCAGCAUCUUUCUGUCAACGUAUAGAGGCUUUGCCUCUACUAAAGAAGUGUUGGAACUGCUGCUGGACAGGUAUGGAAAUCUGACAAGCCCCAACUAUGAAGAGGAUGGAAGCCAAAGUUCAUCAGAAUCCAGGAUGGUAAUCAGGAAUGCAAUCGCUUCAAUACUGAGGGCCUGGCUUGACCAAUGUGCGGAAGACUUCCGAGAGCCCCCUCACUUCCCUUGCUUACAGAAACUUCUGGAUUAUCUCAAACGGAUGAUGCCAGGCUCUGACCCGGAGAGAAGAGCACAAAAUCUUCUUGAGCAGUUUCAGAAGCAAGAAGUGGAAACUGACAAUGGGCUCCCCAGUACCAUCUCCUUCAGCCUGGAAGAGGAGGAAGAACCGGAGGGCGGAGGGUCAGCGGAAUUCACAUGCUUCUCAGAGGACCUUGUGGCUGAGCAACUGACCUACAUGGAUGCACAACUAUUCAAGAAAGUUGUGCCUCAUCACUGCCUGGGCUGCAUUUGGUCUCGAAGGGAUAAGAAGGAAAACAAACACUUGGCUCCUACAAUUCGAGCUACCAUCUCCCAGUUUAACACCCUCACCAAAUGCGUUGUCAGCACCAUCCUGGGGAGCAAAGAACUCAAAACCCAGCAGAGAGCCAAAAUCAUUGAGAAGUGGAUUAACAUCGCUCAUGAAUGUAGACUCCUGAAGAAUUUUUCCUCCUUGAGGGCCAUCGUUUCAGCGCUGCAGUCUAAUUCCAUCUAUCGGUUAAAAAAGACGUGGGCUGCAGUCCCAAAGGACCGAAUGCUGAUGUUUGAAGAACUUUCAGAAAUCUUCUCAGACCAUAAUAAUCAUUUGACCAGCCGGGAACUACUGAUGAAGGAAGGAACCUCCAAAUUUGCAAACCUGGACAGCAGCGUGAAAGAAAACCAGAAGCGGACUCAGAGGAGGCUUCAGCUCCAGAAGGAUAUGGGCAUGAUGCAGGGAACUGUACCCUACCUGGGUACCUUCCUGACUGACCUGACCAUGCUGGACACUGCUCUUCAGGACUACAUCGAGGGUGGACUGAUAAACUUCGAGAAAAGGAGAAGGGAAUUUGAAGUGAUUGCCCAAAUAAAGCUCUUGCAGUCUGCCUGUAACAGCUAUUGUAUGACCCCAGACCAAAAGUUUAUUCAGUGGUUCCAGAGGCAGCAGCUGCUCACAGAAGAGGAAAGCUACGUCCUCUCAUGUGAGAUUGAAGCAGCUGCCGACGCCAGCACCACCUCACCCAAGCCUCGGAAGAGCAUGGUGAAGAGGCUCAGCCUACUGUUCCUGGGGUCUGACAUUAUCCCCAGCACCACUCCCACCAAAGAGCAGCCCAAGUCCACUGCCAGCGGGAGCUCUGGUGAAAGCAUGGACUCUGUCAGUGUGUCAUCCUGCGAGUCGAAUCACUCGGAAGCUGAGGAGGGCUCUAUUACUCCCAUGGACACCCCUGAUGAGCCUCAAAAAAAGCUCUCCGAGUCUUCCUCCUCAUGUUCCUCCAUCCAUUCCAUGGACACAAAUUCCUCAGGGAUGUCGUCCUUAAUCAACCCCCUCUCCUCCCCUCCGUCCUGCAACAACAACCCUAAAAUCCACAAGCGCUCUGUCUCUGUGACGUCCAUUACCUCGACUGUGCUGCCUCCCGUUUACAACCAACAGAACGAAGACACCUGCAUCAUCCGCAUCAGCGUGGAGGACAACAACGGCAACAUGUACAAGAGCAUCAUGUUGACGAGCCAGGAUAAGACCCCUGCCGUGAUCCAGAGAGCCAUGCUGAAGCACAAUCUGGACUCGGACCCGGCCGAGGAGUAUGAGCUGGUGCAGGUCAUCUCGGAGGACAAAGAACUUGUGAUUCCAGACUCUGCCAAUGUCUUUUAUGCCAUGAAUAGCCAAGUGAACUUUGACUUCAUCUUACGCAAAAAGAACUCCAUGGAAGAACAAGUGAAACUGCGUAGCCGGACCAGCUUGACGUUGCCCAGGACAGCUAAACGGGGCUGCUGGAGUAACAGACACAGCAAAAUCACCCUCUGAGGGGAGGGACCGUGGCCCCUCACUUGCCAACGGCAGAGUGUGGCUGAGGACAGGCUGUGAUGAUUGCAACUACCAUCCAGUGUUAGAGGAUCACGGGUGAAGUCGCCGAUAUUGAGUGCCUGUGGUGUGCAAAGCACUAUGGUAGGCACUGGGGCGAAAUUGGAAAGGAAUUUGGUGGGAAAAGGAUGAGCGAUUCACUGAUUCUCUUUGACUUAUUUGAGACAAGUGCAAAAUGAUUCCCGUUUAUAAUAUAUAUGCACACAUAUGUGGUAUGUAUGUGUAUAUAUAUAUAUAUAAAUGUAUAAGAGGGACUUUAUGGGAGAUUCUGGACUAUGGAAAAACAGAUUUGCACAACGGCCUAAGAAGUUGAGGUCACUUUUUACAGGGAAGGAGAAGGAACUAAAACCCAGGCUCACGUCUUCCAAGCAAAGGGGAUCAGUCCUGGGAAUAGAGUGCCCUUUGUGCCAGUAUUACAAGAAGUCCAAACUUUAUUUUUUAUAAGGGGAGAGGAUGACUUUCUCAAUCAAGUGCCACCAGAUAAAAAACAACUGCAGAGGCUGGAACUGCCACAGGCUGAAUGAAGGACCACUCUGGAAAGGGUUUGGAUGAGUCGGUGGCUUCUGACCUCUGCCUGCAUUUGCCACUUUCUGCUGCCCCAGAAAGGCCAAGGGCGCUCAAGAGCCCCGUGUGCCUCGCUGGCCUAGCCAUCACGACACCUCUGCGGUCGACACAAGCUCAUUGCAGUUUCUGGCAACCCCUUUGUGUUUCUUUUUAACCCCUAACAAACAUAUCAUAAUCAUUAUUGCACAAAUAGCUGUGUUCUUUGGUAACCUUCAGCCAGAAAAGAAAGCACGAGAGAAUGGCAGCUCCUUUGGACCCUGAUCUGUCUUGGAAUGUCACGACUUCGUUGCCUUUUCUGAUUGCCUUUUGCAUGUACAGCUGUGUGUCUGGAGUCCUCUGCCAUCUGGAUCCUGGUACCUCCAUAUUAUGUGCAAUUUGUUCUCAGGUGUGGAAAUUUCUACUGCGAUUGACUACAUUUGAUCAUUUUGAGCCUGUGAAAGAUUUCUGAACAGCGACUGCCCUGUGAAUAGCCCCUUGGAAGACAUUCCCUGUUGAUAACGGCAUCCGAAUUUACUCUUAACUCUUAUAGCAUUACUGUGCCUAGUCAUGUCAUGGGGAAAGAGAUGGGGCUACAUAUGUUAUCUAAAUCAUUUCUCAGAGAGGUACAUUCUUCCAGAUGGAGUUAGUAACAUUUUUUUUUCCAGGUCCCCACACUUGCUAUCACAGUGUCAUUGUUAAGUGACAUUUUCUGUCUCUAGUAAGAACAUUUCACUCUCCCAUAUCUGAGCUGUGCUGAGGUUUGAACUAAAAGCCAUAUGUGGAAUAUUGACAUAUGUAAGAAGCACUUUCAGAAUGUUGUCCUUUUUAAGAAAAAAUUCUGAAAAUACCAGUUUUUAUUCCAAAAAUAAAGAGAACGAACCCGGAAUAUGAAGUGCAGAUUGUAACAUGGAGCUUUUUUUUUUCUCUCCUAAUGCUGUUAAGACAGCUCUCAAAGGUUGUGUGGGUUUAUGUUGCAUAAACAGCCAUGUGAACUCUGUAAGAAGCACCAGGGAAGGUUUAGAGAUUUGUGGCAAUGGACCAAAGAAUGAGCCAGGAAGUCCUCUGAUUUCCUCUCAUCUUUCUAUGCGACAGGACUGUGCAUUGUAAGGACCGACUGGGGGUCAACUAGUUGAAAAGCACUUUCUUCUGUGUUCAAGGCAUAUCUGAUUUGUGCUUCUGUGCUGGGUGGAGAGAUGGCCAGGGUGGCAGCUGUCAUGGAGAUUCAAGUAAAUGUAGCCUCAGCCUUGGUGUGCAGGUCAAAAAGAAAGCAUAAAGCUAUUGGCCUGGCUUAGUGUGUGACUUUCAAGACAUACAUGUUGUGCCCUGUGCUCGCCAUGUGUAUUUAUACUGUAUAUGUAGAGUCUAGAUUUAUAUACUGCAAUGUAAAAAUAUAUAUAUUUACCUUUUUUAAAGACAAUGGAAAUUCCAAAUAGAUGAAACAUAGCCUCGUUUAUUUAAUGUCACUUUAAAUGUCUGACACGUGUUUCCUGGUGGACAGCCGGGUCAUGCUUCUAGCUGCUCGCAUGCUUGUCUUUCUGCAUCUCCAUCAUCUGUUUACCUUUUGGUUAAACUAAUAAACUGGUUUGGGACUUGGUUGGCUUGUGCUGCCAGACCCAAAGGGA